CAACAGCCGCAGCAGGUGCAACAACAGCUGCUCGUUUGGCGAAAGCCCCAAACCCAGUGCAUAGUUUUGAUAGAUCGCAUCAGUUGGCACUUGGAGCUCGGCAUGUUACGUUUACUGCUGCUCAUUCACUGCGGCACACUGGCUGUGGUCAUGCAUCAUGAUGACCCGGAACCGGAUCGUCACAAUUACAUUUGGAAUCCAUUUCCCGCUUUCUGUGGCCCCAAUGCUACCAGUGUGCGCUGCGGCGGCGUCUGCCCCGAGACCUGCUCCCACAUAUCCCGCAGCUGUAGUCACCAUUGUGGUGUGCCCUGUGUCUGCAAAUUCGGCUACUUGUUCGGCGAGUCCCUGCUCAAAUGCAUUCGGCGCAGCGACUGCCCCGCGGGUGUACAGCAGCAGGAGGUGCAAACGCACCGCGUGUUUCAAUAAAACAAGCUCGAAUUCAGUUUAAA